UCUGUGCUGCUCAAAAAGAAAUCAUAUUUUUUGUAGAGCGGAUCAGCGGGUAGCAGCUCGUCUUUGGCCGGCGGGGUUGCUUAUUUGCGGGGGUGUUUUUAGUUUGUCUUGGCUGCCAGGGGGUGCUUAUGGAUCUUUAUUGCGUAAAGAAGAGGAAGUGAGUCAGUAUUUGCUGCAGAAUGGUAUUACGAAAAAGACUAAAAUGGUGCCUUUGCAGCAGGGGUAUUAAUUUUGCCGGUGCCUUGUAGCCGUAGUGCAAGUUAGCUUAUGAACAGCAGAACGUUAGCCGACUAGCUAAUGCUAGGCCUUUCGUUUCCUUUGGCUUGUCAGGACAGUUUAUUGUUUUAUCCCUCCCUCUUUAAAGCUGAGCUUUUGCUCUUUACUUUGCUGGCUGUGGUCCAUUUUUCGUUGCUUCCCGCGGUUAAAAAAGACACCGGAAUGAAGCGUGUGAACAGCUUUCAGAGGUUCAUGAACAGACGGGCCUCUGCAAACUGCCGCUACCAGCCUACCUGCUAUGAGCAUGCUGCAAACUUUUACACCCAUGCACUCCUCAUCGUGCCGGCCUUCGUGGGGAUGACGCUGCUGCACUGUCUGUCGGACAACCGCUGGGAGAGGAUCACGGCCUGGGUGUACGGCAUGGGCCUGUGUGCCCUCUUCCUCGUCUCCACCGUGUUUCAUAUCAUCACCUGGAAGAAGAGUCACAUGAGGUCAGUGGAGCAUUGCUUUCACAUGUGUGACAGAGUGGUCAUCUAUUUCUUCAUUGCUGCCUCCUACACACCUUGGUUGAACCUGCGUGAACUGGGCCCCCUCGCAGCACACAUGCGCUGGUUUGUGUGGCUCAUGGCUGCUGCUGGAACCAUUUAUGUCUUCAACUACCAUGAAAAGUAUAAACUCGUUGAGCUGGCCUUCUAUUUGACGAUGGGAUUUUUUCCCGCAUCUGUGGUGACAUCAAUGAGCAACACAGACGGUCUUCAGGAGCUGGCCUGUGGAGGACUCAUCUACUGCCUCGGUGUCUUCUUCUUCAAGAGCGAUGGCGUCAUCCCAUUCGCCCACGCCAUCUGGCACAUGUUCGUGGCGCUGGCGGCGGCAGUGCACUACUACGCCAUCUGGAAGUACCUCUACAACGCUCCCAGCUCAGACACCCUCCUCGACUCGUGACCGCGACCCCAGACAGGGCGCUUCCCGUCCCGUCACCCUCGUGCUCUCGCGCCGAGCGCGGGGCGACUCCCUCGACUGCCCGCUGAAGCUGCAACGACAGCCGUAAGGUUUACGAAAACAAUGACCGUGAAUUGUUUACUGUUUUCUAACAAGGAAAACAGAUUUUUAAGCCAAUGAAGAAAAGCUACUUUAUAGCAGUUUUGUAAAAAUAAAAACAAAUCCUUUGACAGUCAGGAAGGGAAUUUUGAACUUUUACACUUGCUGUUGACCUUGGCACAUUCAUAAAUAUUUGAAAGAGUAUUUGAGAAAUUUGAUAGCCGUCUUUUGUAUCACUUGAAGUCAGUCACAUUCCACUUUGGGGGUUAUUUGAGUGUCAAAACUUGGAGAUUGAUCAGUUUCAGUGUUUUGAACAUGAGGGAGGAUAUCGAAUGAGGUGCUAAAUAUCCACUCUGAUCAGUAGCUCUUAUAUGAUGUUAUAUCAGACGUUAGUGUUAAUGUAGGAGCUGAAUUUAACUUUUAUUUAACAGAAGCCAAAGGUCUGUAAUGUUGUCUAAACUGAAGCAUUUCUUCAAAUGGAAAACUGAUUUAAACUUGAUCAAACAAGAAGCAAAGUAGUGAUCUAACCACACGUUCAAUGCCAAACAAGCCGACAUUGAAAACUCUUCUCAGUAGUUACACAUGUACAGUGUGUAGAGCCGCUCGGUGCUUCAGUGUAUUCUGCUGGCAACGUUUUGUGAACACAUGGAGUUGUUUUUGUUUUUUUGCUUUCUGUAAAGUUACAGUGAUGUUUUAAAUCCAUCUGAUUCACAUUUGCACUUUUUUGGUCUAAUGCACAGCGCUUUGUUUCUGUGACCAGAUGCAGUUUUCAGAGAACCACUGUUUCUUUUCUAAGUAGUUGGCGCCCCCUGCUGGUGGGCAGGCGUAAUGAAAGCGACUCAUGCUAUUUCAGUUUGACUCGGGCAAGGUGGGAUUUUUGGUAAUGAGCCAAACCAUGAGAGAAAAAUCAGGUGAGGUGGAUAAAGGAGACAGAAUUAUUUUUUUCCACUUUCUCUGUAAUGUGAACAGUGUUUGUAUGCACGACCUUUGUACUGUGGUCCAGUAUUACAUUUGUUUCCACUGACUGCUCAGGUUUGAGCAGCGUUCCCCGUCUGCAGUCUUUGGAAGGGUCUGAUCAGUGGGGAAAUCCUCGUGUUCCUGUCUUUGUCUCAUGCUGCUGGUUUUGUAAAUUAGCUUCACGGCUCCUGAUUUGUACAGUUAUACUCCUGUUGCUUUCCUCUUAGUGAUGUCUGGAGCUGAAUGAUUU